UUUUCUUCUCUCGGGCCCCGGGAGUCCCCGCCGGGGUGACUGUGCCAUGGCGAGUGAGGUGAUUGAGGAUGAGCAGCGCUUCUAUGCCAAGGCCAAGACUUACUGGCAGGAAAUCCCACCCACAGUGGAUGGCAUGCUGGGGGGGUAUGGCCACAUCUCAGCCAUUGACAUCAACAGCUCCCGAAAAUUCCUGCAGCGAUUCCUCAGGGAAGGCCCGAACAAGACGGGCACAUCGUAUGCCCUGGACUGCGGUGCGGGCAUCGGCAGGAUCACCAAGCGGCUGCUCCUGCCGCUCUUUGAAGUGGUGGACAUGGUGGACGUGACCCAGGAUUUCCUAGUAACGGCCAAGACCUACCUGGGUGAGGAGGGCAAGAGGGUGCGCAACUACUUCUGCUGUGGCCUGCAGGACUUCAGCCCUGAGCCCGGCGCCUAUGAUGUCAUCUGGAUCCAAUGGGUGAUCGGACACCUGACCGACCAGCACCUGGCCCAGUUCCUGCGGCGCUGCCAGCGUGGCCUGCGCCCCAACGGGCUAGUGGUCAUCAAGGAUAACAUGGCCCAGGACGGGGUGAUCCUGGAUGACGUGGACAGCAGUGUGUGCCGUGACCUAGAUGUGGUGCACGGCAUCAUCCGCAGCGCGGGCCUCAGCCUGCUGGCGCAGGAGCGGCAGGAGAACCUCCCAGAGGAGAUCUACCAUGUCUACAGCCUGGCACUGAGAUGAGGGCCCGAGUGGGCUGCCAAUACAGCGCUGCGAACUGGACUGGACACUCUUCUUCCACAUCCACAUGCGCGGUGGGAUGCAGGGAGGGCACGGUGGUGUGUGGCCAGACUCCCCUGCAGGGCCCAUGUGCCCUGGUCCCUCGGAGGAAGGUCAGGACUCAUGUUGAAGCACUGCUCAGGGAAGGGAGAGGUCAACUACGCUCCCCAGGGGCAUUGUGUGUGUGUGUGGUUUGUGGGGACACGGGCCCCCUGGGAUCAUCCUGGGAGCCUGCACUGGGGGCAAGGCAGCUUUAUGCAGCCUCCCAAGGUGUGUUUUUGCUGACAAAUAAAAGGGUGAACCCUGUGUUAUCAGGGAUCUCCCCAGUCUGGAAG